AUGAAACUUCGGGUCGUGUUCGGGUUCAUAUGUAUGAUACGAUUGUCGGGUUCGGUUCUGGUUCGUGUACAAUUUUCGGGUUCGGGUCAGAAAAGUGUAGUUGACGACCCAUUUAUUCUUGCAUCCCAAGCACACCAAGUGUACUAUACACCAUAUCCUUCAAAAGAAAAAGGAUUAAAAGACUGGUGGGCUGUUGUCAAGACGACACCAAGGGGAGUUUAUGAACUAGCUGAAGAUGACAUUGUAGUUGGUGAUAGUGAUAAUGAAGACGUGGAGCAUUUCCUACAAGAGAAUGAAAGGAUAAUAUGUUCAGCUAAUAAUGAGGAUUUGCUCCCAAUUAUUCAUGAAGAAACAAAUGUAAUAGAUGAAGUUGAUGAUAUAUCAUGGCAUGUAGUUCCGCACGAGGUGGUAGGGGUACAGGUCAAGGUAGUGGUCAAGGUAGUGGUACCGUUUAUACAUUCGGAUGCAUAUGAGACAUUGUCUCAACACGAGAGUAGUGAUGAUGAGGAGCCAACUGUUGGCCGACGGGGACCGGUUGCCCCUACGCCUUUACCUGAACCAAGAAAUCGUGAACAAAUUUGUGUUAUCUAUGGACAGUUUAGUAAUCAAGGUAAAGCUACCCGGACUAUGGGAGAAACUUUGGAGGCUAUGUGGUCCCAUCCUUGGAAAAGUUGGAAAGAUGUCUCUAAAGAAGAUGAAGAUAGGAUGUUUGAGCGUUUCAAGUUAUACUAUCAAUGGGAAAAUGAGUUGGAUGAACAAGUCCGAUCUUGCUGGUUGAAGUUUAUGAAGAGAAAAAUCAAGGAUGUAUUAAGUAGGGCUCGCGAGAGUGCCAAGGCCGCUGCAAGCAAUGCAGGUGUAGUAGUUGGAGACGAUUUAUCUGUUAUUAUUCCGUACAAGCCAAUAUGGAUGGGGGCUCAAAUUUGGAAAACCCUAUUUCAAUAUUGGAAUACAAAAGAAUGGAAAGAUAAGUCUACUCAGAACAAAAGUAAUAGAGGGAAAUCAACUGGGGGCAAACAUACUCUCGGCUCACAAACCUAUGCCACGCUUAAACAAAAAAUGGAUAAGGAACUUGGGCGGGCAGCUACUGUAGAUGAAGUUUGGAUGCAAUCACAUGGGAAGAAAGGGACAAGACCUUUGGAUAUAUUGUUGAGUCGUAGAGGAGGUGAGGAUUCACAAACGGCCGACGGUUUGGAUGAGAUCGAUCUAUCAAGCACUGUUAAAUGGGUUGACACCAGGGCAGAGAAUUCUCUUAAAUCAUAUAAGAAAUAUGUUAAGGAUAAAUAUGGAGAUGAUGCUAGCAAACGACCGUUAUUCGAUGAAGAUUCAUGGAUACAAGCUGGUGGGGGGAAGAAAAAAGGCAGAAUAUAUGGUUUUAACGACAUCAAUGAUCCGCAUCUUUUAAUGACUGGUACACCGUCAACACCGGGUACUACUUCAAGAAAUGAAGAGGUACAACGAUUGAAUGAAGAAAUAAGGCAACUACGACAAGAGAAAGAAACGGAAAGACUAGAGAAAGAAAAAGAAAGAGCGGAAAAACUCAAAAUGAUGGAGCAAAUUGAGGAAAAUAGGAUUGCAAACGCCCAAAUGAAAGAACAAGUUCAAUUCCUUUUGAAGAACAUAUCAAAAAAGUAGCUCUAACUAGCUAAGCAUGUGAUCUUUUGGUAAAGUUGGUCAAUUCGGACUUUUGUUAUGGUACCUACGUUUGGUAUUUCUUUUCGUACUUAUAUUUAGAUAUUUUGUCGUAUUUACUUUUUGAAUGUUUGUUUAGUUAGUGAAUUGAUACAAUUUUAUGACAUUUUGUUGGAUUUACAU